AUGAGCGAAUCCAUGAACCAAGUCGUCGAGACGCUCGACCCCGUCACAAAACGGAUCCUUCCGCCACAGCUUGAAAAUGGAACACUUGUGCCUCUGAAGACCACCCUCGAGCUCAAGGACAACCUCUCUCUCGGUCAUGCGUACAUCACACGAGCCCCAACCCGACUGACCAACGAUGUCGUGACUAUCGCGCGGAAUAUCGUCGGCGAGGAGGUUGCUAAGAACAUGCCUCACUUACGACGAUGCUGCAAGCCCGCAGACUUACCUGCCCAUCUCAAGGCUCAAUUCAUGAACGGUGAUAAGGGACGUGCAGUCCACACCGGCAAGUCGAAUUGGCUUUAUAUAAUGCUCGGAUCCAAGGACGAUUUCGACUACGGCGACUUGAUUCGAGGCCUGUCCACGAUUGAUGGCAUUAGAGAUGACAUCUUUGUGGGAGUCAUUCCCGUCCCGUUGCGGCCUCCAACUUCCCAGGUCCAGGCGAACCUAUGGUCGCAGCAAUUCUGGCAGACUGUCUAUCGGAAGAACAACCCUCUGGGUCCACACCCAAGCAGCAUCUGCAGAACCACCACCACCAUGUCUCGCGACGCGUCAGUGUGGAUGAAUCUGGCGCACAAGAUUGCCCGCCAGACGAAAGACGCAGGCUAUGGCGAACCCAUUGGUGCUGUGAUCAUCCGGCGAACAGUUCCAGGCAAGCCUGAUAACCGUGGUCCAAAGGACGACACCGGCGAUUUUGACGUUCAAACUCCCACGGGCGACAGCCGUGCAACCACUGAUGGCAGUCUCCCAAUGAACCUUUCCAAAGAUGGAAAGACCAUUAACAAAAAUCAGGAGACAAGCGUCCACGAGAAGCACGGCCCCGCGGAGACUGCAGAUUCACCACAAGAAGAAGAAAAGGAGCAGACGAGCAUUGUUGCAAUCGCAGGCGAUGCACGGUGGCACCAGCAGGGCAAAAUUGGACAGACUGGCAAUCCAAUGGCACACGCCGCUCUGCGAGCGAUCAGCAUGGUAGCCCAGAAACUGGUGCGAGCAGAGGGCAAGGUACAGGCAGCGGCUCAGCCCAUUGAGUUCGAGUCUUUCCAGGACGGACCCCUCCUCAAGGACGAGGUCGAAGUUUUUGAAGCAGACCACCCGAAUCCUGAUGGAUAUCUUUGUCACGAUCUCGAGCUGUACAUGACCCAUGAGCCCUGUACCAUGUGUGCCAUGGCAAUCCUGCACUCCCGGAUGGGCAGGAUUGUGUUUCGUCACCGCAUGCCACUCUCAGGUGGUAUGAGUUCAGAAGACCGUGGAUAUGACGCAUGUGGUGGCUGCAAGGACACGCCAUGCGGAGGGGGCGCCGGCUUAGGUCUGCAUUGGAGAAAGGAACUCAACUGGAGCAUGUUGGGCUGGGAGUGGGAGGCUGACAAGGCCAAGCCCCUCAGCGUCGAUCCUCAUACACACCUUUGGCGUCUAUUACAGCAGGCCUGCAAAGAGAAGGCUCCACCCCAGACACAACGCCCCCGUCCUGACGAUUUUCAUCUUUCGACAUGCCCAGGACCUGACUCCUUCGGUCUCGUUCGCUCUGGCGUCGGCAACUCCCUGCUUCGAUCGAGCGCUCCUCUCCUUCCUUUCGCCGAGCCCUCCCCACCACUCAAAGCUCGCUCGUCCUCGCCAGAUGGUCGAAACCAUCGCGCACUCGUUGGAAUAUACUGGACUGCCAUCACCUGUCCGCACGCCGGCGUCGAGGGCCAGCCCGCUCAGUCCAGAGUCCUAGACGAGACGAACGAACACGCCCUCUUCCAGGAAGUCGUCAGGGAGGGUCUGUGCGAGGAGAGCUCUGAGCACGCAGAGAUGGCCGGUGGGAAGAAGCGCAAGCUGGAUCCUUCAGCCCAGAAAUACUACGCCGUCAAGGCGGGCAAGCAGCCAGGCGUAUACCUGACAUGGGCUGAAUGUCAGGCACAGACUGCUGGCUUCAAAGGCGCCGUUUGUAGGGAAUUUUUCUUUCUCUCCCAUUGCUUCAGCAGUGCCCUGCUCGCCCAAGCUCCGCGCACCGAACCUGCAAACCGCGAUGAAAUUUGGCUAACCAAUCCAACAACCACAGACAAGUCCUUCCUUUCUCGCAAAGACGCCGAAGAUUUUGCCGCCGGCCGUAAGGUUGCCUCCGACACUGCCCAGGAGCCCAGAUACUACGCCGUCGCGGUUGGCAACGGCGUCGGCAUCUACUCUGACUGGGAGGAGUGCUCGGCCGCGAUAACGAACGUCAAGGGGCCCAAAUACAAAAAGUUUGAGAGCAGAGUGGAGGCGCUCAACUUUAUACGCCAAUUCGGCAACGAGGCGGCACAGCAAUGGCUCGCGCAGCAGGCCGAAGCACAGCAGCCGCCGGCCAAGAAGACGCGGGCGACUAAGCAGAGACUCGACGUCGUGGUGCCGAGCGAGCUGGAGCUCGAUCUGGUACACAUCUACACAGACGGCAGCUCGCGGGCGAACGGCCGCGCAAAUGCUGUAGCUGGAGUCGGCGUCUACUUUGGUGUUGGGGAUCCGAGAAAUAUCUCGGAACGACUCGCGGGCAUGCCGCAGACGAACAAUCGAGCCGAGCUGACUGCCAUUCUGAGAGCGUUGGAUCAGGUAACUGACUUGCAGGGUGUUCGCAUCUUCUCGGACAGCAACUACGCCAUCAAGUGCGUGACAGAGUGGUAUAGAACCUGGCAGAAGAACGGCUGGCGCAAGUCGACUGGCGACCCUGUGGAGAACAACGAUCUGAUCAAAGCCAUCCGGAGCAAAAUCGAGGCGCGCGAUGCCGUCGGCACGAAGACGCAGUUCCAGUGGGUGAAAGGCCACGGGUCGGACGUGGGGAACAUCGCUGCCGAUAGGCUGGCAGUGGAGGGAUCUAUGAAGACGGCCAUCUCUUAA